ACUGUCACUGAGAAUCUGUUGCAUAAACCGCUCUGAAGCUGUGACUAUCUGACAGGAGCUUCAAGAUUUGCCCAUAGAGAUAUCUACCAAUAAGUCUAGAACUAUUUUAAUUCUAACUUCAUAGAUAGAUAUAAAAAUAUAGAAAAUAUUCACCAUCGGUCGAACAUUUGUGGAUUCUUCCUGACUAUUGGAGCCAUUGAACUUGAUUGACAAAGACGCACUCAGGCAGACUGUUGGACAAAGAUCAUUGAAGCAGUGUUUCCGCAGGAAGGAUUUUAUGAGCGCAAAGAUGGCGGCUUCAUUGCUGAGGAUAGUGCGACUUGGCUCAACCAAGUGCGUGAAGGCGGAGAGGUGGAGCGCUCCUGCAGCUGCUGCCCUAUGCACGAAAGCUGGUGGUCCCAAGAAGCCCAAGAAGAGCAGCUCAGGAAAAAAGUCCCAGGGCAAAACAUAUUUUGAUUUAGAGAAGCUUGUACCACACAGAAAAUAUGUGGAGUUUCCUAAGAAAGGAAUGACACCAGCUGCUGCAGUAGAACUUGUCGCCGCCCCAAAGCCUGUUGAAGCCGCUGCCGCAGAGCCAAUUGUUGCCGCGGCUGAAGCUGCUCCGGCCCCCGCUGCGGCUGAAGCCACCCUCAUCAUCGACACAGUCGCCCCCGCAACUGAAGCCAUUGUUGAAUCCGCCGCUCUUGUAGCCAAAGCCACCCCCGUUGUUGAAGCCGCUGCAUCAGUAGCUGAAGCCGCUCCUGUUGCAGCCGACGCGGCUCCCAUCUUUGAAGCUUUGUCAGUGGCCGUCCCAGAAGCUGCUGCCCCUGCAGAAGCGGUUGCUGAAGCUGCCCCAGUUGAAGCUGCCCCAGUUGAAGCUGCCCAAGUUGAAGCUGCCCCAGUUGAAUCCAUAGCAGAAGUUUUGGUUGAAUCUGCCACCAUUGAAGGUGCGGCUGAAGCCCUCGUGGAAGUUGUAGCAGAGGUUGUGACUGGAGCUGCCCCCAUUGAAGGUGCGGCUGAAGCCCUCGUUGAAGCUGUAGCAGAGGUUGUGACUGGAGCGGCCCAAGUUGAAUCUGCAGCAGAGGAGCUGAUUGCAGAGCCCCCGACUGAGGCCGAACGGAUUGAGGCGCCUGAGGUUCAACUGGACCCAAUCCAGAAGCUCUUCCUGGAUUCGAUCCGCGAGUACUCCUCAAAGAGCGUGGCCAGUGGCGGUUUGGUAGAUGCAGGCCCUGCAUAUGAGAAGAACUUGGCAGAGGAGCUGACUAAACUCCAGCGGCUUUAUGGUGGUGGAGACAUCACAGCUUUCCCAGAGUUCAAGUUCACAGAGCCCAAGCUGGAGGAAGUGGCCCCCAAGUAAACCUCACCAGUUCACUUUUCUACAGCUUUUUCCUGUCCAUUUGUUCUAUGAAUAUUGGAAGUCUAAAGAUAACUGUAUCAAGUUGACGCUAAAAUCCUUUUCAUUUUCUAUGUGGA